GGGCUCCCCUGGCUGGGGCAGUCCUGCAGCCGAGCGCAGCCCAGCGCGCGCACGGCCGGGCUGAGAGUGGAGGGAACAGUGGAGAUCCAGAGCUCCGGCCCCCAACGAGCGGGCCUGCCCACCUCUGGAGGACAACCUAGAGGACAUGGAGCAGGAGAGACCGGCAGAGACCCACAGCAGCGUGGACAGUUCCGCGCCGCCCUCGGUGGCCCAGCUGGCUGGCCGCUUUCGGGAGCAGGCAGCUGCCGCCAAGGAGACACCAGCCAAUAAACCAACAAGAAGGAAACCACCCUGCUCCCUCCCUCUGUUCCCCCCCAAGGUAGAGCUGGGCCAGAAUGGUGAGGAGAAAUCAUUGCCCAAUGCCAGCCACCCUCCUAAAUUCAAGGUGAAGAGCUCGCCUCUGAUUGAAAAGCUUCAGGCCAAUUUAACCUUCGAUCCAGCAGCUCUGCUGCCUGGAGCCUCACCCAAGAGUCCUGGGCUCAAGGCCAUGGUAUCACCAUUUCACAGCCCGCCUUCCACGCCCAGCAGCCCUGGUGUGAAGUCUCAGCCUGGAGAAGCUGAGGAGGUGCCUGUCAGUUUUGACCAGCCUCCUGAAGGUACUCAUCUGCCCUGUUACAAUAAGGUGCGGACAAGAGGAUCCAUAAAAAGGCGUCCCCCCUCUAGGCGAUUCCGAAGGUCUCAGUCAGACUGUGGAGACCUUGGAGAUUUUAGGGCUGCAGAGCCAUCUCAGGAGAAUGGUGCCAGGGAAGAGAAUGGGAAUGAAGUGUUCACAACCAGGAGUAAGGCCAGUGAAGGGUCCAUGGGAGAGGGAGCUAGUGGAAACGUGGGGCCUGAAGGAAAGCCCCCUCUGAGGAGGACAUCUAGCAGGAUGGAGAACCAAGAGAAAGCUGGGGCGCCAGAAGAGACUAUGCAGAAUGAGGAGACUGGGCAGAAUUCAGAAGAUACCAGCAAGUGCCCAACCCAGAAAGAGUCUUUAGAGCCACCCCACACCUCCAUCCCUCAGGCAGAGAAUGGCUAUGGGAGCCCUGUGGCAGAUAAACCAGCUGGCGAAGAAUUGGGGACUGGAAAGUCAACAGAGGAGCAGGUGGAGAAGGUGGGAAAUGAUGGGGACAGGAAAAGAGAGAAGAUCCAAGAUGCAAAGAAGCUGGAGGAGGCAGCCAAAGGGGAAAAGACCCUCCAAAAUCCUUCUGGAGGAAUGGGAGACAGCAAUGUUUCUGAUCAGGAGGAAAAAGGCAAGGAAAAUCAAGAUGAACUGGCAGGUCUGGAAGCAGGCUGCAGCACUAGAGCUGAAUACGGCCCACAAGAGACCAGCAAUGAGCUCCAGAGUACACAAGUAGUCCCCACGGAUGACACCCCUGUGGAGGACACGAAAAUGUGAAAAGAGCUCCUGGUGCCCUGGUGAUGAAGAUGCUGGUGAUAUCUCUUUGGAAGUGGCAGCAGCAGCAGCACAUGAAACCAUUGCAGAAGCUGAGCACACUGGGUGUCUGGUGUCAGCCUGGAAGAUCCAUUGGACUGUUUACUGGCCUCCACACUCAGUGCUCCAUCACACAGAGAGACUGGGGUCCAGGACAGCAGACUUUUAUCAGCUUGAGUUGGUGUCAUUUGAUGGACUUAAUUUAAAACAACAACAAAAAAACUUGUUGAAAGCAGUUUGUGAUACCAAGUCCCCAGGGAAAUUGAGCCUGUGGGACCACCCCAAUCUCCCAGCCUCUCCCUGCAGCUGAGCUCUUGUUCAGCUUAGCAGAUGUUGCCUGUGUGGAAUUAUAGCCUUUAUUAUAUUGUCUUAAAAUGUC